AUGUCCGAAAAGCAAAAAUGCCUGCUGGGCCCUGAUGAGACGACCUUCCUCCGCAUCUCGGAUUGGCAUGGAGUCAAACUUGGAAAAGCGUUCACCCCGGCGUCGUCAGAAAUCGAGGCGAUAAUCGACAUGCACGCGCGGUCGAGACUCGGGCCUAACCCGCGAGCAGUGGUGCUAGCACUCGAGAAGGGGUUUGAGGAGAAGCGCUUCGAAAAGUUGAACUGUGUCGUGGCAUGGCUCGUCGUUCCUCCGGAAGCGCCGUCGAGUACGGUGACAUCUAUCUCCUUUUCGAGUGGCGACGAGGAUACGGACAGCGACUGGAAAGAGCGAGCCCGAAGGUUGUGGGCAGAUUCGAAACAAGAAGGUCGAGACGAAGAAGCGCAAGAAGUCUGCUUCGAAAAAUUGGCCGCGAUAGGACACGAGCAUGCGACGCGGGAAGACGAAUGGGCCGGACUCCAAGCACAAGGCAAUACCGAAAUCAUGGCGCAUUUCUCUGUGAGCCCCGGACGAACGUGCGUGAUAAACGAUCUGAUCCAGUUUUUCAAGGAUAAUUGUCCUGGCAACGUUGAAUUGGGGCCCUCUAAGAUGAUCCGCCGUGAAGGGAGGCUCGCCCACAUUUUCGUGAAGGCGACUUCAUAUGAAGCCUUGCUAGAAGCCGAGGAAGCGCUCUCACAUGUCGAUAUCAAAGCGGAAAAGAAUUUUAUAUUUACUGUC